CCAAAAAUAACUUAAAAAUAAAACCCUGCAUAUUAGGGUUUUACUCAAAAAAUCAAAACUCUGAAAAAAGAGCGGGAGCAUAAACACCAAAUAAUUUAUGCAGAAGCAAAGAGAAAGAGGCAUAAAGAGAGGAAGAGAGACAGAGAGCGAGCAGGAGAGCUCAGCAAAAAUGGCGACAGGAGUUCGAGAACUAAAUGUACUGGGCGAGUUCAAACCAUUUGGCUUAAUCGCCGAAGGUCUCGAUGGCAAAUCAACUGAUAAUGUCUCAGAUAAGUACGAUUACUUCCUCUUCGACCCAGAUGUUACUAGGGAGAGAGAUGAAUUCGAAGGCAUCGAUUCCUCGGCUUCAUCGUCAAUCUCCAUUGAUGGCUGUGAUCAUGAGAUUUUCAUCCGUGGAGAUAGGAUCAUGUGGAUUACGGGUUCACGAGUGUACAAGAGAUUCACCCUAAGUUCGGCAGUAACCAUGGCUUGCUGGUGUCAUAUGGCUCAUUCACCUGAGGCCGUACUGUGUAUAUUGCAAGUUGAUGCCUUGACUGUCUUCAGUACAGCUGGGGAGCUGACAUCAGUCCCACUUCCGGGCAUAGUUACAUCAAUAUGGCCACUUCCGUUUGGGCUGCUUGUGCAGCAAGCAGCAGAAGGGAACCCUCCAACUUGUGCACCUCUCUCAUCUUCUGUUCCAUUCUUAAGUGGUAGGGAUACACUCUUCAAAAGAGAAGUCCGGCAAAGUCCCCAACAAGGCUUUGAUUUUUCUUGCUCUGAUGACAUUGUGAAAGAGAAUUCAGUUUCAGUGUCUUCUCAUCUAAUUUUGAAUGAUCCACUUGAAGAACCACAGCCAGUUUAUGUUGAUGAAAGAGGUGAACUGAAGAUAAUGAAGGAUUUUGACGAGAGAACAAUCUGGACCAGUGAUCGUGUUCCUCUUAUUGCUUCUCAUAACAGAGACCAGAUGCAACACUCACUUUGGGUAGCAGAAAGUAUGAAUUCUUGUGUUGGAGAUCAUGCAGUUUCUAGUUCUCAUGAAUCCCACAGUGAAGUAUUCCCAUGCCGGUUCUCAUUCCGAAGAAUUUGGCAAGCGAAAGGUUACCCGACAGCUGCUACCAAGGUCUUUGUAGCCACCGAUGAUGACGCAGCACCUAUUAUUUGUUUCCUUCUGCAAGAGCAGAAAAGGUUACUAUCCAUAAGGCUUCACACCAUUCAAAUUAAUGACGGUAUACUCUUUGACAUGAAAGCAGACACGAGUUGGAGCCUACAAGCAGUUGCAGCUGAACCUGUUGCUGUCACCCGCCCAAGGGCAAAGGCCGGGCAUCUGCCUUUAAUGGACAUUCUCGUUCUGGAUUCAGAGAACACUCUUUUUCUUUAUUCAGGGAAGCAAUGCCUUUGUAAAUAUAUACUUCCUCUCUGUCUAGGAAAUCGUCAGCUUCAAGAAACUAUUCAUUCUCUGGAGAGCAGAUAUGUUCAUGAUAUGAAGAUUAUAGGGUUGGCCGAUGGAGUUGGGGCAAGAGUAAAUGUGAUCUUGAGCAAUGGGCAGAUGCUUAGAUGUGCGCUGCGGAGAGGCCCUUCAUGUUCGUUGGCAAAUGAUUGCAUCACCGCAAUGGCUGAAGGCCUUAGUACUCCGUUCUACAAGCAUUUCCUGCAGCACUUUUGGGGUAAUUGCGAGACUGCUGAUUUACCAAAGCCUAAUUCAGGUGUUGAUGAGUGGGAAUCAUUUAAGAGCGUCAUAUUGCAACAUUACAGGAAAUCUCAAUCAACUUCACAACCGAAUUCUGUUCUUGUGUCCUCAUCAUGGGAGUUUCUUGUUAAUAGUGAAUUUCAUAAGAAUUACUGCAACCAUAACUUCUUCCCUGGAAUCUCAACUGAAGGGUUGGAUGACAGACUGGUAGACCGUUUCUCUUCGUCAAUGAGAGGCUUGCAAAACCCAGAAGGAUUUUCAUAUUCCGAGUUUUUAAUUGAAUGCUUGGAUUCUUUGCACGCAAUAUAUGAAAAUCUUAAGCUUAGCAAUCUACGAAAGCGAGAUUUGGAGCAGCUAGUUGUUCUUCUGUGUGAAAUUGCUAAUUUUUUGGGAGAAGAGAGUUAUAUUGAUCACUACGUACGUGAUUUUCCUUUUUUGUCCAAGAUAAUAAGAAGAAACCAGACUUCUUCUCCAAGAUCUCCCCCAUCUUUGUACAGAUGGCUUGAAAGUUGUUUGCUUCAUGGGGUUGACUUUGCAAAUCUUGAUGACAUUCCACCUCUUGCUCGCAAAAAUGGAAGCUCUUGUGUCAGCUGGUCUCGUAAAGUGGUCUCAUUUUAUAGCUUAUUAUCUGGUGCAGAAAACAUGGGAGGGAAGCUCUCCUCUGGCGUAUCUUGUAAGAUUGCUUCAGGUUCAUCAUCAAAUCCUGAGGAGAAGAUGGUUCUUGCAAUGGUUGCUGAAGGAUUUGGUUUGCAACAGCUUGAUUUAUUGCCUAUAGGAGUCUCUUUACCAUUAAGACAUGCAGUUGAUAAGUGCCGUGAGUCUCCUCCUACUGGCUGGCCAGCAACUGCUUAUGUUCUUCUUGGUCGAGAAGAUUUGGCUUUGUGUUGCGUGGGUCACUUGAAGAAAUCUGAACAGCUCGAGACUCAAACCAACAGGCAUUUGAUUUCAAUGUCUGCACCUUAUAUGCUACAUCUACAGCCAGUGACGGUUCCCUCAACAGUAUCAGACACGAUUGCAAUGGAUACUUCAAAAUUUGACAAUGUAGAUUCUUCUGAUGAAUCUCCAAUAGAUGGCAUGGAGCACUUAUCUAAUUCUAGCACUCAGCUGCGGUAUGGCAGGGAUCUACGUUUAAACGAGGUCAGACGUCUUUUGUGCUCUGCUCGACCUGUAGCUAUUCAAACAUCUAUUAAUCCCACUGCAUCAGAUCAGGAGCUUCAACAGGCUCAGUUAUGGCAGUUUGCCCAAAGGACAACUGCACUCCCACUUGGCCGUGGCGCAUUUACUCUUGCAACCUCAUGCACCCUUUUGACCGAGGCACUCACAGUACCAAAGCUUGUUUUGGCUGGACGGUUACCUGCUCAGCAGAAUGCCACUGUCAAUUUAGACCCAAACAUGCGGAAUUUGCAAGAGCUUCGAGCUUGGCCCGAGUUUCACAAUGCCGUUGCUGCUGGGUUAAGGCUUGCACCAUUCCAGGGUAGAGUGUCUAGAACUUGGAUCAUAUAUAACAGACCUGAGGAGCCAAAUGCUAUCCAUGCUGGUCUUCUUUUUGCACUGGGGUUGCAUGGCCAUCUUACUGUUCUAACAAUAAAUGACAUAUUCCAAUACUAUAACAAGGGACAUGAAAGCACAACUGUGGGGUUGAUGCUUGGCCUCGCAGCAUCAUACCGGGGCACUAUGGAGCCAACAAUGUCGAAGUCCUUUUACGUUCAUUUACCCGCUCGUCAUCCAUCUUCGUUCCCUGAGCUUGAAGUUCCAACAGUUCUGCAGUCAGCGGCGUUGAUGUCUCUUGGCCUCCUUUUUGAAGGAUCUGCUCAUCCUCAGACUAUGCAAUUUCUGAUGGCUGAAAUAGGACGUAGAAGCGGUGGUGAUAAUGUGCUUGAGAGGGAGGGCUAUGCUGUUUCUGCUGGAUUUGCACUUGGACUUGUUGCUUUGGGCCGUGGAGAGGAUAAAUUCGCUUGCAUGGAUACGUUGGUCGAUCGAUUGUUCCACUAUGCUGGAGAAAAAAUUGAUGCAUCUCGUCAGGAAAAGUCCCCCUUCAUAUCAGUGACAGAUGAGCACAGCCGGGGUGUGGGACAGCAGAUGUUGGAUGGGGUUCCUGUUAAUGUAGACGUCACUGCACCUGGAGCUAUAAUUGCUUUAGCUUUGUUGUUUUUGAAGACUGAAUCAGAAGUGAUUGUUUCCAGACUUUCCAUUCCCCGUACAAAUUUUGAGUUGCAAUAUCUGAGGCCUGACUUCAUUAUGCUUCGCGUUAUUGCACGAAACUUGAUAAUGUGGAGCAGGGUUAAGCCAACCAAAGAAUGGGUUGAGUCUCAGAUUCCUCAAAUUGUGAAAGAAGGUAUUGGGGCUCUUGGUGAUGAACGGACUGAUAUGGAUGAGGUGGAUGAAGAAGCAAUUGUCCAAGCAUACAUGAAUAUUGUUGCCGGAGCUUGUAUAUCUCUUGGAUUGAAGUACGCUGGAUCAAGAAAUGCCAAUGCUCAGGAAUUGCUGUACAGCUAUGCUAUCUACUUCCUGAAUGAGAUUAAGUCUAUUUCUGGUACAGCUGGUAGUAUGUUUCCCAGAGGGUUGUUAAAGUUUGUGGACCGGAGCACACUGGAAAUAUGUCUCCACCUUGCUGUCCUUUCCCUGGCAUUGGUUAUGGCUGGUUCUGGGAACUUGCAAACAUUCAGAUUGCUCAGAUUUUUGCGCGGUCGAAAUUCUUCUGAUGGACAAGCUAAUUUUGGCACUCAAAUGACUGUAAGCCUGGCAAUUGGCUUUUUGUUUCUUGGAGGAGGAAUGCGAUCGUUUUCUUCUAGUAAGAGUUCUAUUGCAGCUUUACUGGUUACCCUCUAUCCUCGUUUUCCCACUGGAACAAAUGAUAAUCGCUGCCACCUUCAGGCGUAUAGGCACUUCUAUGUUCUUGCUACAGAAGCUCGCUGGAUUCAAACAGUUGAUGUUGACACUGGUCUACCAGUGUAUGCCCCUCUUGAAAUUACUGUAAAAGAAACUGAACAUCAUGCAGAGACAAGUUUCUGUGAGGUCACACCUUGCCUUCUUCCAGAACGCGCCAUUCUCAAAAGUGUUCGUGUUUGUGGUCCAAGGUACUGGCCCCAAGUCAUAGAGCUUACUCCUGAAGAUAAACCUUGGUGGCUUACUGGUGACAAAGAUCACCCAUUUAAUUCUGGUGUUCUUUACAUCAAAAGAAAAGUUGGAGCUUGUUCUUAUGUGGAUGAUCCUGUUGGAUGUCAGUCAUUAAUAUCUAGAGCCAUGAACAAGGCAUUUAGUUUGACAAGCAUGCUAGGUUAUGCUUCCAAAAUCAAUAGGCAUCCUGAACCAGGUUCUAGUAAUGUCGAUCACCUGGUCAGCACAUUUUCGUCUGAUCCAAGCUUAAUUGCUUUUGCUCAGCUUUGCGGCAACUCUUCCUGGAACAGCAGGUCAGAUGUUGAUUUCCAGGAAUUUUGCUUGCAAGUUUUAUUUGAGUGUGUCAGCAAGGACAGACCAGCUCUUUUGCAGGUCUACAUGUCUUUGUAUACAAUGAUUAGAUCAAUGACUGACCAGGUCACAGGCGACAUCGUCACCUUUUCUGAUUCCCUCUCCAUAUCUAGUUUGAAGCUUGUAGUAGCCUACAAUGAGGCCUUGCUGAGAGGAAGAUUAUCCUCGUCGAGAUAUGGCAUUGUUCAAUCAAAUUUUCUAGGGUCUCUGAGAAAGCGCGUAGAGGAGCUCUUCAGCUGUUCCCAUGAAAUGCAAACUGAUUUACGCAACUAUUGGACUUGUGGGAAAUGGCCAGAUGAUAAAAAGUGUUAUAUACUAUUAUCUUGGUACCUUCAGUGGUAUUGUGUACCGUCUCCAUCUGUAAUCCAAACAACAAUAGAGAGAUUAAAGCCCAAACUCAGGAGAUCCUCUGCAGCCCCUCUUUUGCGGUUAGUGUUUCCUCGGAUUCAUGUCAGAGUGAUUUCUGAGAUGGAUAAAAUGUUGAUUUCUUCCUAGUAAAGGUCAUGUCACGGCUUCUUAAGUUAUCUCUAAAUGUCACACUAAGGCGUUCAUGAGUUCACUGUAUGUGGCGAACCUUAGUUGGGCUCUUCCGAAGCAUUAUUGGGCAGAGUUGCUCCCAUGUACAAGCAAUACAGAUGCUUGUAAAAUAUGUGGAAGUUUUCAGGUUUUAAGCCAAAUGUUAUGUUUGAAACUGCGGCGAGUUUCUUGAUUCAACCCGCAUAAAUGCUAUAUUCGAGGUUAAGAGCCUGACAAUGUACAUUAACCCGAUGUAUCUUCAAGUGUAGUUUACCAUGUAAGUUAUACCUGACCAAUUCUGUCAAUGUAUUGUAGGAAGUAGGAGUUACUGAUUUUAGGACUUCUGUCUCCAGAAGUGGAGACUAAUGUAAUUCAACUCUUCAAAAAUAAGUUAAUGAAGUGAGGAAAUUGUUCGUUGCUUCA